AUGGAUAUGGAUAAGUCUCCCAUAAGUAUGUGCUGGCAUUCCCUGAGCAGUGGCAGUGGUAAGCAAGAAAAUUCACAAAUAGAGUUCCAUCUAGUACAGCUAUGGCAAGCAAUUCUUUUUAAGAAAGUGAGCCACCUAAAAGAGCCAUGUAAAGAGCAAAAGCAUCCAUUCUGGUACUUGGCAUUAGAGCUACAUUGGUGUCAGGAGUGGGAUGAAAAGAAAACCUACCACCAAAUUUUAGCAAGUGCCAAGUACCACGGAGUGGACCUGCUUGGCUCUCCAGAGGAGAUGCUGGAUAGCCUUGAGAGUGACAUCUGGAUCUGGAGUGCUGUUUGCAUUAACAGCACAGGGGGAAGACAGUGGAGAGACUUCUACCUCUGCAGCUCUAUCAAUGCAUCUCCAUCUAGUAUGAUGGAGCCCGCCUCAUACUGUUGGGGAAAAAGUGUGGCAGAUUGUGUUGUCAUUGAUCCCACAGAUCAUUUCAGUGAUCUUACAAUGGUUCCUGAAACUGUGGGUUCUUUGUACUGUCCUUUCAAAACACCAAUUAAGAUACUGAAGCACUUAACUGUUGCUUUUAUGUUUUCUGCCCUCCAGUUAGACCCAAAACCAUCCAUGUCUGGAUUGAAUCAAACCAGCUCUUCAAUCAAGGAAUUUCUCAUUGUUGGAUUUCCAGGAUUCAAAGAUCAAGAAAGCAGGAGAACUCUGUUUGGAGUCUUCCUCACAGUUUAUCUCUUCACUUUAGUGGGGAACAUUCUGUUAAUCGUCAUCUUUGCCUCCGACAGAACUCUGCACAACCCAAUGUACAUCUUAGUGUGUGGUUUGGCUGUUCUCGACAUCGCCAUCAGUACUAACACCCUGCCCAGUACACUAGCCCUCUUAAUUUUUGAAUACAGAAUUGUGCCUUUAGCUGCUUGUUUUACUCAGAUGAUGUUCCUAGGAGGAUUUUUUGCAACAGAGUGUGUCCUCCUUACUCUAAUGGCUUAUGAUCGCUAUGUCGCAAUCUGUUACCCACUUCACUAUCCUAAUUUAAUCACUAACAGUCGCAUCUCCAAAUUGAUGGCAGGCUGCUGGGUAUUUGGGCUUCUUUGGGCAAACAUUACUUUGGUUUUUGUUCUCAGCCUUUCAUUCUGCAGGCCUAGUAAUGUUAUCUAUGUAUUUUGUGACAUUGCUUAUUUGAUAUUUAUGGCUUGUGGUAACACUCAGAUUGUUAAUUAUGCUGUAUUAUGUAUUGGCUUGGGCAUGUUGUUCAUCUCAUUGAUCUUAAUUCUCUUCUCCUACCUACGGAUUUUAAUCUCAGUUAUCAAGAUUGCCAGUAAAGAGGGGCGAAUGAAAGCCUUCUACACGUGUGGCACACAUAUGCUUGUGAUUUCUGUGUUCUUCCUCACUGCUGCAGGAGUCUUCAUUUCAGACAGGACUUCUUUUUCAACUAUGGACACCCAUAUUUUUGGGGUCAUAAUACGGAAUGUGUUUCCAUCAUUAAUGAAUCCAGUAAUUUACUGCCUCAGGACUAAAGAAAUUAGAAAUAGCUUUGUUAAAAUGUUUAAGAUGAUUAAAUGUUUACCAUACAGAAGAUAG